AACCGAUUGUGUAAUGAUAAAUAAAUACAUAAAAUAAAUUAUAUUAUAUAUUGUCCUUUAAUUGAUAUACAUGUUAAUUGGUUUGGUAAGAAAUUAAUUAAUGUGAGAGAAUUUUUUAUAUUUUUAUUCAUAUUUAUGGUGAUUUAGAUUCUAUUAAUUUAUGUCUGAUUUAAAAAUUCGAUUAAUAAUACAAUCGUACAAUAAUAAGUACACGAUGUUUUACUUAAAGUAGAGAAUUCAUAUUUAGGUUAUUUAUUCAUAUUCUGUGGAUACAUAAUAUUUUAAUAUUGUUAUGAAUUACUCAAGAAUUAAGAUGAAAUGUAAAGAAGGAUUUCGACAAUUUAUAAAGAUCAGGAGACUUUGUACGCAGUUUAAAAACUUAACAGGAAAGAACAUUGAAGAAAAAAAAAUAUGUAUGCCAGAACCAGAAUAUAAUAUAAAAUUUUUAUGCAAUCCUUCAAAUCGUGAUUACAUUAGAAAUAAUGUGAAAAAGCGGAAGGGAAUUGGUAAUAUAGAUAAAGUUCUUGAACUAUAUAAACAAACAGAAAAACAUGAAAUGUUUUUAAAUGAAUUAAGCAAGAUACCGAAUGAUACAGAUUCAGUUGUAUUUAAAUAUGGAGAUACACCACAUAGAUUAAAACUAUGUGGGUCUAAGCCUGAAUUUAAUUUUGAGCCAAAAGAAUUUUCUUAUUUAGCUAAAAAGUUAAAACUUAUGAGGACACAAGGAUUGGGAGCUUUAAUGGGAAGUCGAUGUUAUAUAUUUCAAGGUGAAUUGGCUGAAUUAGAAAAUGCUCUUAUUCAUUACACAGUAAAAAAGUUAAUUAAACAUGGAUUUCAACUUGUGUCUGUACCGGACAUUAUACCAUCUGAAAUCAUAAAAAGAUGUGGCUUGCUAACAGAUGGCCCAAGAUCACUUGUAUAUAAUUUGAGCAGAAAUUAUGGAGAUGAUUAUAGCUUGUCAGGAACAGCUGAAAUGUCAUUAGCUGCAAAGUUGAUUAAUUCUAAAUUUUCUUAUAAAGAUUUACCAUUAAAAAUGGCAGCUAUUAGUAGAUGUUAUAGAGCAGAAAUAUCAAGCAUUAUGAAUGAAAAAGGAAUAUACAGGGUUCAUCAAUUUACCAAAGUUGAAAUGUUUGCUUGCUCUGAACAAAAUAAAUCUUCAGAAAUAUUUCAGUAUUUACAAGAUAUACAGGAAGAUUUAUUCUCUUCUCUGGGACUACAUUUUCAAAUACUUGAUAUGCCAGCUCAUGAAUUGGGUGCUCCUGCUUAUAGAAAAGUAGAUAUGGAAGGUUGGAUGCCUGGAAGGAAACUAUUUGGUGAAUUGUCAAGCUGCAGUAAUUGUACAGAUUAUCAGUCUCGCAGAUUAAAUAUAAAAUAUCAAUCACAUAAUGGCGAAUUUAUUCAUGUUCAUACAUUAAAUGGUACAGCGUGUGCAAUACCUCGUAUGAUCAUUGCAUUAUGUGAAACUCAUCAAAGUGAACAUGGGCGUAUUAAAAUUCCAGAACCAUUGAUACCAUUUAUGAACGGAAAAUAGGAUUCACUGAAACUUCAAGUCUUAAACACACACCACCUGAUAGUAUAUUUUCUAUAAACUAAUACAAUAUUAUCAUACAAAGAAAGAUGGGAUUCCGAAAAUUGUACGUACACAGGGAUAAAGAUUUUUUUUUAAUAAUUUCUUUGUUAUUCCGUAUAUAUUUUGUGGCGGAGUUAUAAAAAUGUAACACAAAAUAUUUUUUCUUAAAGUAAUACAAUUCAGAGACAUUGUAAAUUUACAAGUCAUCUUCCACGCUAAUUGGUAGUCAAUAUUAUCAUUGUUGUUUUCUUUUUUUUUUAACAAUUUAAACAUCUUUUUGCAUCUGUCUAACUGGAGUGUGUCUGAUUUCCACGCAUUGUUGUUUGUCCUUUCAAUUCUUCAUGCAGUAUUGAUAAUUUCAUCGUUUAUUUAAAAUGUCUCAAUUAUUUUGGACAGAAUGCAAUUUACUUAUUGGCAAUGAUGUUUAUAUUUUUCUGAAAUAAAAUGAAUCUG